AUGGGUUCUCCUAAGAAGGAGAGGAAGGAUAUUGAGCAGCCCCUCGCGCCGCCGACCGGCUCUUCCCUGCGCCCGCCUCUCGUCCCAGGGAAAACCUUCUGGUCUCCCGCCCCCGGCGGCCACAGCUCCACGGGUUGGGGCGCCGGCUCUUUGUCUCUCUCGCGGGAGGGCCGAAGAGGGGGCGGCGAGGGCGGAGGCUCCUGCCCCGGAGGCCGAACGGACCGCCAUUGUCUCCGGGGGCGGCCUGGAAGGGACAUCUGGGAACGUGGUGGCCCUGGGGGGAGGCGUAGGGCGGGCGCUCGCGGAGCACCGCCUGGGCGGCUUGCAGGUGGAGGCAUUGCCAGGUGUCUUUCCGGCGAGGAGGGGGUGGCGGUGGGAGAGGCGAGCUUUGCGAUCCGGAGGAAGCGCGGGGGGCGUGACAGGGCGUCCCCGGGACCCCCGCGGCAGUGCCUCUUGUUGCCCCGGCGAGAUCCCGCGCGAGCCGGGUCCGCGUCCGCGCGCCCGGUCCCGUCUGCUCGUGCGUCCGGGCGGCUGCUAAGGAGCUGGCGGCGGCGGCCUCGAGGCCCGCCGUCCGGAGUGCAGUGCCCAGCGGGCCAGGCGCGGGGCAAGGAGGAUGCAGGCUCGGCUCCGGAGAGCCCAGGCGGGAGGGCCGGGGCGGGGCCGGGGCGGGCGCAGGGCGUGUGCGGGCUGCUGGCGGCGGCCCCUGGGAGGUCGACGGGGCCAGGGGUGCUGGGAGGAGCGGCUUGUCAUAGGGCGCGCGCCGGGGGUCAGUCCGCGGUUCGCGUUUCUCCGUGGCCUCUCUCAAAAUCACCACCCAGAUUCGACUACAAGGUGGACAUAGUGUUUUACGGAUGUGGAAACUGAGGUACAGAGAAG